AUGCCUAGAGUUAGUCACUUUGACGACGACCAUGGUCGUCUGCCUCCGGGUGUUAAGAGAGUCGGUUAUGAUGAAGAAACUAAACAGUACUCUUUCCACGAUGGUGACGGUCGCUACUUGCAGGGCGCUCCAGGCAACGAUUACGGACCCCUGGAGGAAGUUGUCGACAACUCGCCUGAAGCGAUCGACUUCCGAGCUCGCAACCCCCAAUACUUCCCUCCCUCUCGCCGUGCGCCAGAGCCUCGCCGUGAAGAGUCCCGCAAUCUCCAACCAGCAACCACCUUUGAGCAGCUUGAUCUGGAAACUGGCAGUCUCGCCUCCUCACCCUCCAAGAGACGAGGAUGUCUGGCAAUGCUGCGCAGACUGCUCAAGUACGUGUAG